AUGGCUCGCUUUUUAUACCAUGUGAAGAAUGAGAAUCUUCGGUCCAACCAGGGCGUCUUCUACGGAAAAGGUUUCACUGACAAUGAAAUGGAAGGCAUUGUGUGGUCAAUAAAAAGCUACCUAAUCACCAUGGCUAGAAGAUCAACCUAUCAAUCUCAUGGGGGGAUCGCACUUUACAAACCAGUUCGCAUCGAUCCUCACAAAAGAAAGCUCGAUGACGACGGGAGGGAUUAUAUUGAUCUCAAGGGAGAGGAAUAUGAUGGAAUGCACGAUGAAGACAGCACACUCACGGAUACGGAUGAGGAUGACUUUGGGAUAAGAAGACAAACGGAGGAUUGGAAUAUAGAGCUCCUCCAACCGAAAGAACGUAUCAUAUUGGCACGCACAUCGAAAGAUUAUGACCCCAAGGAUAAGUAUUGGCGGUACAGACUUGUCGUGGAGGCUUUGGAGAGGACAGUACUCCUUACCGACGAUGAUAGCGAAUGUGUUCAACCCGACGCUUCGAAGAACGCUCAGAGACCCUUAACCCCGAAGUCUCUUCAUGAGUAUGCUCGUGAUAUCUAUGACCCACUCAAGUACGUGGAAACAGCGGAUCUAGAGGCAAGUAUGGCUGCAGAAGCCGAUACGUCGGAGUUUGCGUCGUCCGACACCAUUAUACCAACGGAAGAGUCAUUGAAGUUUUUCAGGGAACAGCAGGGAUUCCUUGAUAACCUAGAUUACCAAAGGGAGGAUCACAAGCUCGCCUGCCAAGUUCUUCGUAUUGAGAACCCCCGGGUGCCACGUAUGAGGUCGAUGAAUCGCUCUGCUGUCCUCAAAUUCUGGCAGCCAGUCGCCAUUGCACGAAUCCUUGAAAUCCGCCAGAUCCCCUUCUUACGCGGUGCAAUUCUGGGUGAUUCUGUCGGGUUAGGAAAGACUUGGGAGACAAUUGCCAUUAUGCUUAAAAUAUGGGAAGAUUAUAAUCAAUCGGUGAUUAAUUCCAAGCAGCAGAACCGACCUAUCCCGGCAGGACGGCCAUUCCUGAUCAUUGUUCCCCCAGGGCUGAUCUCGCAGUGGUAUUCGGAGAUUAAUCGAGUAACUGAUAAAUUGAGAGUAUACAUCUAUUACGGGCAAGGACGACCAGUGCAGGGAAUGCGUACGAUUGCAUCCCGACUACGGAAAACCGACACCAUUUUCAAUGGCUCACCGAUCAACGCACGAACUGUGAUCAUUACAUCAUACCAGACAUUUGCACACCGUCACGGCCCUACUGCCGUUAGGGCAUGGUAUUCCGAAGCUACUAUAGAGCUCUGUCCAGAUGAGAUCCCAUGCCCUCCGGCAAAGUUUCCCUUUUCUCUGACAGGUUGCUUUGGCGAUGUUAUUCUCGACGAGGCCCACAUACUUCGAAAUCCAGAGACAUCGCAGUCAAGAGCCGUGCAGUGGUUGGAGGCUGAUUUUCACUUGCUUGUUACCGCCACUCCGAUCUACAACUCUCGGAAAGAUAUCCUGGGAUAUGUACCUCUGCUAUUCCAACCACCUGGCUCAUGGAGUAAAGCUGACCAGGAUUACUUUAAAGUCUGGCGAGGCCGGAUAUUCGACAUCCCUCUCGGACAUCCUGCACGCCAUCUUUGCUGCACGGAGCAUGCGGUUAAAGAACACGUUUCGGCUGAUUGGAUUUUACCCAGCGUUACGGGGAACCGCCUGCGAUUAAUAUUUAGUCAUUUAAUGAUUCGACGUACCCUAUUUUCACACAUGCCAUUUGAUUCACCAAACAUUAUUGGGGAUGAUAUCCCGCCAACGCAGCGAAAGAUCUGUCGGGUUGAAUAUAACAAGAAUGAGAAAGCAAUGUUUGAAGAGGUUUCGCCACCUCUGUAUCGGGGAUUGAUAAUGCAGUCUCCAAUUGAUCCCCAAAGAUAUAUCUGGAACAUGAGGAAGUUUCGCCGGCUGGAAUUACUAAUGUCCUGGCUGGGCUUUCACUAUACUCAUCACAGUUAUUAUGCUUCUGACAUCCCGCUGGCUUGUAAAAAGCUAUAUGAGGGCACUUUGGGUGCAAAGCUUGCAGAUGCUAUCACUUCCCAGACUUUGAAAGAGAAACUGUCAAAAUCUGCAGCCGGGCCCAAGGAGUCGGAAACAGUCCAUGAAGGCACGCGGAAUGGAACUAGAGAUUCUCGUACUCGUAUUCUAGAAGCUCUUCUUCGGGGAUCGCCUAAGAUGAGGGCUAUGCUUCCUCUAAUCAGGGACCAGGUCAUCUUACACGAUGAGAAGGCUAUUGUGUGGACACAAGUCCCCGCUGAACAGAUCUAUGUCGCAGCAGUCUUGAGGGAAGCUAAUAUGGAUGCUGAGGUUCUCCAUGGAAGUCUAAGUCGCGAUGAAAGGGCGGCUCUUCUCUACAAGUUCACUGAAAUACCUGACAAGUGCAUGGUUCUAGUAUGCAACUAUAUGCUCAACACGGCAGGGUUAAACUUGCAGUCACUUUGUCGCAACGUCCACCUUUUCUCAGUUGGCCUCAGCAAGUCACUGGUCAAUCAGGCAAUUGGACGAGUUAGCCGCAUCGGUCAGAAACGCCCUGUUUUCGUCUAUGACUACCGUAUAAAAGGAGAGUUUGAUGACACUCUCGCCAACCUGAGUGCUCGAAAGUCUAUUCCUGGAAUUAUAGCUGAGUUGAGUCGUGACUUUGAUAUUAAGAUGGGAAAUGACGGCGCAUUUGCAGUCACAGGAUGGGUUAUUCGACACAGAGUUCUCCAUCAUUUGGUACCUGGAGAGCAGAUCCAGAAGGGUGAUAUCACGGAUGGAAUGAGAAUCAUCAAGAAAUUGAUGUCGCGUUUGGAGGAUACAACCAGAGGGUUGAGAUAUUGAUGAGACUUUCUGCCUGAACACUUGGGGUACUACAUGGAUAUAUGGGACCAACUGAGUUUGCACAAAAAGAUAGAGUUUCUUCGGGACGGCAUGAAGGAUGCAUGGAAGUAUCAAGAGAACAUAUAUCGAAAAAUU